UCACCGCGGGUUCGGGAGCGGAGGUCCGGCUGCACCCGGAAGCGGUGGCUGCUCCGGGGCCGGUCCGGUCCGGUCCACUGGGUCCGGACGCCCAGCUCCGUCAUGACCAACGAGCUGGACAUCUUCGUGGGGAACACGACCCUCAUCGACGAGGAUGUGUACCGGCUCUGGCUGGACGGAUACUCGGUGAACGAUGCCGUCGGGCUGCGGGUGCGCUCGGGCAUCCUGGAGCAGACGGGGGCCACGGCGGGCGUGCUGCAGAGCGACACCAUGGACCACUACCGCACGUUCCACAUGCUCGAGCGCCUGCUGCACACGCCGCCCAAGCUGCUGCACCAGCUGGUCUUCCAGAUCCCGCCGUCCCGGCAGGCCCUGCUCAUCGAGAGGUACUACACCUUUGAUGAGGCCUUUGUCCGGGAGGUGCUUGGAAAGAAGCUGUCCAAGGGCACCAAGAAGGAUUUGGAUGACAUCAGCACCAAGACGGGAGUGACCCUCAAGAGCUGCAGGAGACAGUUUGACAACUUUAAGAGAGUCUUCAAGGUGGUAGAGGAGAUGCGGGGCUCCCUGGCCGGCAACAUUCAGCAGCAUUUCCUCCUUUCUGACCGGCUGGCCAGGGACUAUGCUGCUGUGGUCUUCUUCGCUAACAACCGCUUUGAGACGGGAAAGAAAAAGCUGCAGUAUCUGACUUUUGGAGACUUGGCCUUCUGUGCCGAGCUGAUGAUUCAGAACUGGACACCUGGCGCUGUGGACUCGCAGGUGGACGACAUGGACGUGGACCUGGACAAGGAAUUUCUGCAGGACCUGAAGGAGCUCAAAGUGCUGGUGGCCGAUAAGGACCUUCUUGAUCUGCACAAGAGCUUGGUGUGUACUGCUCUCCGAGGGAAACUUAGCAUCUUUCCAGAGAUGGAAGCCAACUUCAAGAACCUGUCCCGAGGGCUGGUCAACAUCGCCUCCAAGCUAACCCACACCAAGGACGUGCGGGACCUGUUUGUGGACCUCGUCGAGAAGUUUAUAGAACCAUGCCGCUCCGACCGCUGGCUACUGAAUGACGUCCGGCUCUUCCUGAACCAGUAUUCAGCAUCAGUCCACUCCCUGGAUGGCUUUCGGCACCAGGCCCUCUGGGAUCGUUACAUGGUCACCCUUCGAAGCUGCCUCCUGCGGAUGUAUCAUGACUGAGGAGCCCUGGGCCGGCCCUGCCCUGCGAAUGGGAGGGAGUGGAGGGCGAACCAGGGCCCAGAGAGGGCAGCUCAGCCCACCAUCUCCCCUGUUGGCAGGUGGGAGCCCAGGCCCAGGAUACCUGCUCCCAGAGCCCCCAAUUGGGGCCCCUCCUGCAGGAUCGGGGCACCGAGGCCCAGGGACAGGAGCUUAGCCCCUGACCCCAAGGUUCACCAGCUCCCUGGCUCCUGUGGCCAAAGCCCCUCUUUGUGCUGACAAUAAAUUGGCAGACCUGGGGUGAGCCCUGACUCUGGGGAAUCUGACCGUGGGUGAUUCUUGGGCCUGAAACAGGAUCGUGGGAGGAGUGGUAGCAUCCAGAGGGGGCAGGGAUGGGGCAGGAUUGAGAGUGCCUGAGGCCCCCACUCCUCCCCAAUGAAAUUGCCUCGGAGGCCCUUUGA